UCGCAGUCCCACCACGCCACAUGAUGUUCCAUCUCCCGACGUGCUACUUCAAGGGGUGUGCUCGCCCGACCGUCGAGGGCGCCAUCAAGUGCGAGUUUCACAAACAACGGUCGAUUUGCCUCGUCCAGGAUUGCCGGAACCAAGUCUUUGCGCGUAACCUGUGCGUCCGCCAUGGCGGCAAGAAAACGUGCGUGUAUGAAGGGUGCCACCAGAACGUUCGUCUGGGUAAUCUCUGUGGCAAGCACGGAGCCGGGUCCACCCGCAAGUUGUGCGUCGAAGACGGGUGCACCAAGUUUGCUCAAACCAAACAGCGGUGCUCGGCCCACGGUGGGGGGCAGCGCUGCAAACUCCCAGGCUGCUCCACCCACGCCCGUCGUGGAGGCUUUUGCACUCGCCACACAAACCAAGUCACCCGGCCCUCGCUCCGCGUCGCGGCCACCGCCAACAUCGCUCUCGACAAGUUUGCCGCGUACUCCAAGAUGAAUCUGCACGCCCUCCUCAACCCCGACUCCCCAUAGACGCUGUAAACAAAAUCCCAUAUUUAUCUUGCUCAAGA